AUGACUGUUAGUGUACCACGAGAGAUUGAAGUAACUUUAGGUAAGGGUGUUUCUGGAACCUUAACUGUUCCACACUCGGCUGAUUCUGAGAGUCCAUUCGAACAGAAUUAUGCCCCUACAACAAACAAAGCAGCUAUAAUUUUACAUGGACAAGGAGGACAUAGAAGUUAUUGUUAUCAGAAGAUGCUAGCUCAUAAAUUGGCCUCUGAUUUAGGUAUUUACUCGCUAAGAAUAGAUUUCAGAGGGUGUGGAAAUUCUGCCGAUAAUGCUGAUGAAAAAAUAGCCAGAAUUAUAGGACAGGACAUUGAAGAUAUACAAGCCAGUGCUGAGUUUUUGUUAGACUCAAAGCAAAACCCUUUGGGUAUGAGAUUCAUGGUAUCGUCAAUUAUAGGACAUUCAAGAGGUGGUGUAGCCAUGUUCCUAUGGGCUCUCGAACAAGAUAAGAUCCUAAAAUCUCCCGAUCCGUCUAAAGCGAUAGUUGUUCCAAAUUUAGUUAACUGCUCUGCUAGGUAUCGCUCAGACACAGUAUAUGAUAGAUAUCCUCAUGAUUUUGAAGGGGCAUAUCUUCGAAGUUUAAGGUAUGGAGAAAUUCAGAAGGUUUUCGUUUCGAAAGACGAAAUUGAUUCGUUGGCUGCUCCUGAUAUGUCCGCUCUCCGUGAUUUAUCAACAGAUUUCUCUGUUUUAAGUGUAUAUGGCUUGGAAGAUAGGAUUAUUCCUGUUAAUGAUGGUUCAUUCUAUGCAAAUGUAUUAAACAGGGGACCUUACUCGCAUCAUUUAGAAUUAAUUCCAUUUGCUGAUCAUAACUUUUAUGGUAUCGAGCCAAUUGAAACGGAUGAUGAUGCAGAGGAUUACAACCCUCACAACUUACCAUUGAAUAGUAAAAAGUUGGCAAACCAUAAUGUGAUGGUUACUUCCAUUAUUAUAGAUUACUUGAAACCUGAAAAUGAAUUAAAUAGGUUCUUGUACCGCAGCUUCAACGUUGGUUACAUCCCAAGAUGGAAGCAAAUAGAUGGUAUUUCCAAUUUUAGAGAUAUCGGGGCUUGGAAAAUUCAAAACCCUACUUAUCGCUUACCAAAUUAUGAUAAUGAAUCACAUUACUAUGUCAAACCACAUAUUGCUUUUCGCUGUGCAAAUACAGCCGAUGUUACACAAAUGGGCUUGAAGGAGCUUAGAAAGCUAAAUGUCAAGGUGAUGUUUGAUUUUAGAUCAUCAAUAGAGAUUAAUAACGAUGGCUCUCCACAAAACUUGGAGAAGUAUGGGAUUAAGAGAAUCCAUGCGCCAGUGUUUAGUGAAACCGACUAUUCACCGGAAGUCAUUGCUAUUAGAUAUACCAAUUUAAUGACCAGUUGGUUCACGUAUGUCAAUGUCUAUGAGGACAUUUUAGAAAAUGGCACUAGUGCUUUUAGACAGGUGUUUGAAUUCAUUCGAGAUGAAGUUCCCGCGUCGAGCUUCGUUUUCCAUUGUACUGCUGGUAAAGACCGCACUGGGGUUUUAAGUAUGCUUAUAUUAUUGUUCCUCGGGGUAGACAAGCAUACUAUUUCUAAGGAAUAUGAAUUAACUACAGUAGGGUUAAAGAACGAUCAUGCAUCCAUUAGAGAUAAAUUUAUAAAGACUAUGGAAAACUUCAAAACUAAGAUGGAGAAUGUUGAAGAUGUUGCACAAAUUAUUGCACAAGGGAGAAAAGGUUGGACUAUCGAAGAGGACGGGUUUCAAAACUUGAUAAGCUCGAGAUAUGAAGCAAUGCUUGCUACUAUUGAAUUAUUUAACCAAAAAUACGGCAGUAUUGUUAAUUAUAUGAAAACCCAAUUAAAAUUUGAAGAUUCGGAUCUUCUUAAGAUUUAUGAAAACUUGGUAUAUGUAUCCGAAAUCAACAAGCCUGAGCCCAAUCCUAUGUUUAAUUUGGUCGAAUUUGCUCCAAAACUAUAA